AUGUUCUUCUUCUUCGCCGGAGGCGUCAAUCAGCAAGUCCGGCGGGUCCUGAAACAAGGCGCCGGCAGGUGCAUCAGCUGCGCCUCCCCCGCCGUAGAUCUCGUCGAAUACGACAAGGUCCUCAAGCUCUUCUUCGUCCCCGUCUGGCGGUGGCCCGGCAAGCAGCCUCUUAUGCACUGCAACGACUGCAAUCUCUUCUUCCCCAGCUCCUAUUCUCCUCCUCCGCCGCCGCCGUCGCAACUGAUCGCGGACAGUCCGAGGUGCCGAUUCUGUGACCGGGUCCUCGAGCCCGAGUUCAAGUUCUGUCCUUUCUGUGGCUCUUCUCUGUGA